CGGAGGAAGCCUCCCCCGCUGGAGGCUGUGGAGGGGCCCCCUGGCGGAGGUCGGGCGCGGGUCGAUGCGCGUGCGCGGCGGCCGCGCGGUUUGGCCCUGGACAGGCGCCGUAGCUGAGAGCUGGGCGGAUGUUGUGAGCCGGGACGCGGUGGCCGAGGCUGGGGUCCCCAGGACCACUGGCUGCCCACAAGAGAUGAAAGAUGGCGUCCAAGGGGACCGGCACGGCUUUCUCCCGAAAGAGCUACAGACUGACCUCAGAUGCUGAGAAAUCCAGGGUCACAGGCAUCGUGCACGAGAAGCUACUGGAUGACUACCUGCACCGCAUCUUUUCCUCUACUGAUCGUGCACCCACGGCAGCCACCAGCAGGAAACUCCUGAACUUCCAGAACCUGCCAGAGCAUCUGGACCAGUUGUUACAUGUGGACGAGGAGGCGGAGGAGGAGGAGGAGAGCCAGGGACAGGUUGAAGGGCGGCUUGGCCCAUCCACUGUGGUCCUGGACCACACGGGUGGCUUCGAAGGGCUUCUUCUGGUGGAUGAUGACCUCUUGGGGGUGAUUGGACACAGCAACUUUGGUACUAUCCGCUCUACCACAUGCGUGUACAAAGGGAAAUGGAUCUACGAGGUGCUCAUCUCCUCCCAGGGGCUCAUGCAGAUUGGCUGGUGCACGAUCAACUGCCGCUUCAAUCAGGAGGAGGGGGUUGGAGAUACACACAACUCCUAUGCCUACGACGGCAACCGGGUGCGCAAGUGGAACGUGACCACGACGAACUACGGGAAGGCGUGGGCAGCGGGGGACAUUGUGAGCUGCCUGAUCGACCUGGACGAAGGCACGCUGUCCUUCUGCCUGAAUGGUGUGUCGCUGGGCACCGCCUUUGAGAACUUAUCCAGGGGCCUGGGCAUGGCCUACUUCCCAGCCAUCAGCCUCUCCUUCAAGGAGUCUGUGGCCUUCAACUUUGGCAGCCGUCCCCUGCGCUACCCAGUGGUGGGCUACCGGCCCCUGCAGGACCCACCAAGCGCCGACCUGGUUCGGGCACAGGAGCUGCUGGGCUGCUUCCAGGCAGUGCUGAGCGUGGAGCUGGACCCCAUGGAAGGGCGGCUGGUGGAGAAGGAAAGCUCUGAGUGGCAGUUGCAGGGCCAGCCCACCGUCCUCCUCACACUGGCUCACAUCUUCCAUCGCUUCGCACCGCUCCUGCGCAAGGUGUACCUGGUGGAGGCCGUGCUCAUGAGCUUCCUGCUGGGCGGUGAGGCGGGCACCCCCACACAGGCGCAGUCUGUGGUGCACCAGGUCCUGGAUCUCCUGUGGCUCUUCAUGGAGGACUAUGAGGUGCAAGAUUGCCUCAAAGUGAUGAUGUCCCUGUUGCGGUUGUACCGGUUCUCGCCCAUCGUCCCUGACCUGGGCCUGCAGAUCCACUACCUGCGGCUCACCAUUGCCAUCCUCAGUCAUGAGAAGUCCCGCAAGUUUCUGCUUAGCCACGUCCUCUUCGACGUGCUCCGGUCCGUUGUCUUCUUUUACAUCAAGAGCCCCCUGCGUGUGGAGGAGGCUGGCCUACAGGAGCUCAUCCCCACCACCUGGUGGCCCCACCGCUCCAGCAGGGAGGGCAAAGAGAGAAAGGAGGUGAAGGACGAAACCUCCGAGGAGCGGCUCCGGCGGCGUGCCUAUGAACGGGGCUGCCAAAGGCUCAAGAAGCGCAUCGAAGUGGUGGAGGAACUACAGGUCCAGAUCCUGAAGCUGCUGUUGAACAAUCAAGAUGACAACGGGGGCGAAGCUUCUAGGUACAUCUUCCUGACCAAGUUCCGAAAGUUUCUGCAGGAGAAUGCCAGCGGCCGGGGGAACAUGCCCAUGCUCUGCCCCCCCGAGUACAUGGUCUGCUUCUUACACCGCUUGAUCUCGGCCCUGCGUUACUACUGGGACGAAUACAAGGCCUCGAACCCAUACGCUACCUUCAGUGAGGAGGCCUACAUCCCGCCCCAGGUCUUCUAUAAUGGCAAGGUGGACUACUUCGACCUGCAGCGCCUUGGAGGCCUCCUCUCGCACCUUCGGAAGACCCUCAAAGAUGACCUUGCCUCCAAGGCCAACAUCCUGAUCGACCCACUGGAGCUCCAGGCAGCCACCAUGGAUGACCUGGAUGAGGAUGAGGAGCCAGCCCCGGCUGCGGCCCAGCGCCCCAUGCAGGCCCUGGCCAUGGGGGGCACGCUGCCCCUGCCUCGGCCCAGCUGGCUCAGUUCUCCAACCCUGGGCCGAGCCAACCGCUUCCUCAGCACAGCAGCUGUGAGCCUGAUGACCCCACGGCGGCCUCUGAGCACCUCAGAGAAAGUGAAGGUCCGCACGCUGAGCGUGGAGCAGAGGACCCGUGAGGACAUUGAGGGUAACCAGUGGAAUGAGGGCCUGCUGGUGGGGCGGCCCCCCGAGGAGCCUGAGCAGCCCCUCACCGAGAACUCCCUGCUGGAAGUCCUGGAUGGUGCCAUCAUGAUGUAUAAUCUCAGCGUUCACCAGCAGCUGGGCAAGAUGGUGGGAGUGUCCGAUGAUGUCAAUGAGUAUGCAAUGGCUCUGAGGGACACAGAGGACAAGCUCCGCCGGUGCCCCAAACGGAGGAAGGACAUCCUUGCAGAGUUGACGAAGAGCCAGAAGGUUUUCUCAGAAAAGCUGGAUCACCUAAGUCGCCGUCUUGCCUGGGUCCAUGCCACUGUCUACUCCCAGGAGAAGAUGCAGGACAUCUACUGGCUGCUGCGUGUCUGCCUGCGGACCAUCGAGCAUGGAGACCGCACAGGUCCUCUCUUUGCCUUCAUGCCCGAAUUCUACCUGAGUGUGGCCAUCAACAGCUACAGUGCUCUCAAGAAUUACUUUGGCCCUGUGCACAGCAUGGAGGAGCUCCCAGGCUAUGAAGAGACCCUGACCCGUCUGGCUGCCAUCCUUGCCAAACACUUUGCUGACACACGCAUCGUGGGCACUGAUAUCCGUGACUCGCUGAUGCAGGCCCUGGCCAGCUACGUGUGCUACCCAAACUCCCUGCGGGCUGUGGAGCGGAUCCCUGAGGAGCAGCGUAUCGCCAUGGUGAGGAGUCUCCUGGCUCCCUAUGAGCAGCGGCCCUGGGCCCAGACCAACUGGAUCCUGGUGCGGCUCUGGAGGGGCUGUGGGUUCGGGUACCGCUAUACACGGCUGCCACAUCUGCUGAAAACCAAACCCGAGGAUGCCAAUUUGCCCAGCCUCCAGAAGCCCUGCCCCUCCACCCUGCUGCAGCAGCACAUGGCAGACCUGUUGCGGGAGGGUCCUGACGUGGCACCCAGCUUCCUCAACAGUGUCCUCAACCAGCUCAACUGGGCCUUCUCUGAGUUUAUCGGCAUGAUCCAGGAGAUCCAGCAGGCUGCUGAACGCCUGGAGCGGAACUUUGUGGACAGCCGGCAGCUCAAGGUAUGUGCCACCUGCUUUGACCUCUCGGUCAGCCUGCUGCGCGUCUUAGAGAUGACCAUCACGCUGGUGCCUGAGAUAUUCCUCGACUGGGCCCAGCCUACCUCCGAGAUGCUGCUGCGGCGUCUCGCACAGCUGCUGAACCAGGUGCUGAACCGGGUGACAGCUGAGAGGAACCUGUUUGACCGCGUGGUCACCCUGCGGCUGCCUGGCCUGGAGAGUGUGGACCACUACCCUAUUCUGGUGGCAGUGACAGGCAUCCUGGUACGACUCCUGGUGCAUGGCCCAGCCUCAGGGACAGAGAGAGCCACAUCAGUGCUCCUGGCUGAUCCCUGCUUCCAGCUCCUCAUAUGCUAUCUGCUGGGGCAGCCAGCCCCUACCCCUGGCACUACCCUGCCUGCCCCUGACCAGAAGCGCUUCUUCUCCCUACAGAGCUACACAGAUUACAUCAGUGUUGGACUGGCCCAGGGGGAACAGAUGUUGGCACACCUGACCUCUGCGUCUGCCCAGGCAGCAGCUGCCUCCCUGCCCACCAGUGAGGAAGACCUCUGCCCCAUCUGCUAUGCUCACCCAUUUCUGCUGUUGUUCCAGCCCUGUGGCCACAAGUCCCUGCAAGUAACCUGCAUCAACCAGCACCUGAUGAACACAAGGAUUGCUUCUUCUGCCAAAGCCACCAUCGUGUCUGUAGAGGACUGGGACAAGGCAGCCAGUGCAAGUGCCACUUCCUCGGCUGCCUAGGCCUGCCUGGCCCACACAGCAGGAACCUCUACCCUUAAACUCAAACCAGGCUGGGCCCUAUUUAUGAGCCCCUUGCCCUGUCCCCCACGGCCCCCCACCAUGCCCUAUUGUGCCUGAGCUUGACUUUCAGUCAGGCCAACAGUGAGCAUUAAAUUAUUAUUCCAUACA